AUGGUCGCGCUCCCGCUUGUCCGCCUCGUCGUCCUCUCUGUGGCCCUGCUGUUCGCGGUCGCUGGCCUCGGGCUCGGCGCCGCGCUCACGUCGACGACGGAGAGCCUCGCGAGCGUGUCGCUGACGUACGCGUCGCUCGCGAUCGCGGCCGCCGUCCUCACGCUCAUCAGCGUCGUGCCCAUGCUCGUGCUCGAGCGCAUCCGGCCCGGCGGGCCGACGUCGUGGCUGGCCGUCGAGAUCCCGGUGCUGCUGGUGCUGUCGAUCCUGUGGCUCGCGACGGGCGGCGAGUCCGCGAACGUGCUGCAGGCGCUCGACGCGUUCGGGUACACCGCGUACUGCUCCUCCUCCUUCGACGGCGACAACACGUUCAAGAACAUCUGCGGCGAGACGCGCGGCAUCGCCGCCGUCGGCUUCCUCAACUGGGCCCUGCUGAUGGGCUACGGCAUCAUGCUGCUCGUGUUCGCGAUCCAGGCCACGUCGCGCAAGCAGCCCGGCGUGUGGACGACGAGCGUCGCCGGGCUCGCGGACCUCCCGCCGCCGCAGCCCGCCGGCGCGCACGAGAAGGCCGAGAGCGUGCCCCAGUCGUACAACCCGUACGCCGGCAGCGAGUACGUGCCCCCCGCGACGACGACGGGCGGCACCGUCCAGGCCGGCGCGGUCCAUGCGUGA